GAAGUGACACGGCUAAACCGGAAGAACUUGCUUUUGACAAAAAUAUAUCAUUCGUCAACAGUUCGUGUCUCUGCAGUUCGUCUUAUUACCACAUAAGAUAUGUGUUUUUGAUCUCAGACCAAGGUUGUAAUUAAUAUUUUAAGAUGUCAAUGUCCCACCUUUACGGGCGGAGGGAGGAGGAAGAGGAAGGUGUGGAGGUGGAGAGUUUUGAGAUUACUGACUGGGAUUUAGCCAAUGAGUUCAACCCAGACCGUCGCAAAUUCAGGCAGAGCAAGGAGCAGGCCACAUAUGGCAUCUGGGCCGAGAAGGAUUCUGAUGAAGAUGAAAGGCCCAGCUUUGGUGGCAAGAAAUCCAAAGACUACACUGUACCUGUGAGCUUUGUGAGUGGUGGUUUGCGUAAGAGUGCUGCUGAAGAGAAAGAGCGGGAAAAAGAAGGCAGCUCUGACGACUCUGAUGAUGAUACUUCUGCAAAACUCCCCCCUUCACGCGUGACUGCACCCAAAAAACUCCAGAUGGGUAAUUUCUGUGGAAAUCAGUCUAAGAGGUUUGCAGGUGGAAUACAGUCUGGACAAGGAAUUGGUAACUGGGAGAAACACACCAAAGGAAUUGGACAGAAACUUCUGCAGAAGAUGGGUUACCAGCCAGGGAAAGGCUUGGGGAAGAAUGCUCAAGGUAUCAUAAACCCCAUUGAGGCAAAGAUCCGUAAGGGAAAAGGAGCGGUUGGUGCUUAUGGCAAUGAAAGAACCCAGCAGAGUCUUCAGGACUUUCCUGUAGUUGACUCAGAGGAAGAAGAGGAGAAGGAAUUUCAGAAGGAACUUGGCCAGUGGCGUAAGGAUCCAGCUGGGCCUGCAGGAAAAAAGAAGCCCAAGUACUCUUACAGAACAGCAGAUGAGUUGAAGGCUAAAGGUAAAAUAGUGAGUCGGAGCACAUCUGCAACUGCAGGAGAGCUGGCACAGGUCAAGGUAAUAGAUAUGACUGGAAGAGAGCAGAAGGUAUACUACAGUUAUAGUCAGAUGUCUCACAAACACAGUGUUCCCGAUGAAGCUCCACCAAGCUUGGCUUCACAGGAUCAAAAGGUAUCUGGCUUUGCUCUCCCCGAACUUGAGCAUAAUCUGCAGCUUCUGAUAGACCUGACAGAACAAGACAUAUUACAGUCUGCCAGACGUUUGCAGCAUGAAAAAGACGUGGUUGUUUCUCUGAGCCAUGAGUCAAAAGCUUUGCAGAGCAGACUGGAGUCAGAGCAAGAAUCCAUCCGAAGAAUGGAAGCUGUCUUAGCAUUAGUGGAGCGUUUUCCUUCUGAAGAGACGGCACCGGGAGAGGGCCCGACCCUACAGGAGUGUGCCCAGAUCUUUGAGACAUUACAAACCGAUUAUUAUGAGGAAUACAAGAUGAUGGGAUUGGCAGAUUUGGCUGUGGCUGUCAUUCAUCCAUUGCUUAAAGAGAAACUCUCCUCCUGGGACCCUGUGAAGGACAGUUCUUAUUGUCUGGAGGAUAUCGGUCUGUGGAGAGCAAUCCUUGAAUCCAGAGACAUGCAUCCCAGUGGUCCACAUUCAAACAUGGAUCCUUACCACAGACUAUUAUGGGAGGUGUGGAUCCCAGUGAUGCGGUCUUGUGUGUCAGGCUGGCAGCCUCGGAUGGUUGGACCAAUGGUGGACUGUAUGGAGAUGUGGGUUCCUCUUCUGCCCCCGUGGAUCGUGGAUCACCUGCUGGAGCAGAUGAUCUUACCCCGAUUACAAAGAGAGGUGGAUAGCUGGAACCCUCUAACUGACACUGUGCCUAUUCACUCCUGGAUCCAUCCUUGGCUGCCUCUGCUUCAGUCACGCCUUGAGCCUCUUUACCCUCCAAUUAGGAGCAAGCUGUCCAACGCUUUGCAGCGUUGGCAUCCCAGCGAUGCCUCAGCCCGCCUCAUCCUUCAGCCGUGGAAAAAUGUUUUCACAGCAGGUGCAUGGGAGGCCUUCAUGGUUAAAAACAUCAUUCCCAAACUAGCGUUGUGCCUGGAAGAACUGGUUAUCAACCCCCACCAGCAGCAGAUGGAGCCAUUUCACUGGGUGAUGGACUGGGAGGGCAUGCUGUCCCUCUCCAGCCUGGUGUCUCUGCUGGAGAAGAACUUUUUUGCAAAAUGGUUGCAGGUUCUGUGUUCAUGGCUGAGCAACAGUCCAAAUUAUGAGGAAAUCACCAAAUGGUACCUCGGGUGGAAAAGCAUGUUUAGUGACCUCUUGUUGGCACAGGCUCUCAUUAAAGAGAAAUUCAAUGAAGCUUUGGACAUCAUGAACCGUGCAGUGUCUUCUGGCAUGGGUGGUUAUAUGCAACCUGGUGCAAGAGAGAAUAUUGCAUAUCUCACCCAGACCGAAAGACGAAAAGACUUCCAGUAUGAAGCUCUGCAGGAGCGCAGGGAUGCUGAGAGCGUGGCUCACCGGGGCAUCAGUGCUGGUGUGCCAACUAACUUCAAAGAUCUUAUUCAAACCAAGGCAGAGGAGAACAACAUUGUCUUCAUGCCUUUAGUGGGAAAACGGCAUGAGGGGAAACAGCUGUACACAUUUGGGCGUAUUGUUAUCUUCAUAGACAGGGGUGUUGUGUUUGUGCAAGGAGAGAAGACCUGGGUUCCCACAUCUUUGCAAAGCCUGAUCGACAUGGCAAAGUGAGCUCAGACACACUCAUCAUUUAGUCUGCUAAGUCUGAAAAGAGUAGCAGAACUGUUUUAUGUAUUAAGAGGAUUUCAGUAUAAUUUGUACAAGUCUGUAAAUUUGAAACACUGUCAAACUGUGAAUAAACACUUAUGUUACUUA